GAGUCUUCAUCCAUCAACCAAAAAUGGCCGCCAACACUGUCAUCUCUAAGAGGAGAAAGUUCAUCGCCGACGGUGUCUUCCAGGCCGAGCUCAACGACUUCUUCACCCGAGAACUCGCGGAGGAGGGUUACGCCGGUUGUGAGGUCCGAGUGACCCACGCCCGUACCGAGAUCAUCAUCAGGGCUACCCACACCCAGGAGGUCCUCGGUGACAAGGGUCGCCGAAUCAGGGAGCUCAAGGCUCUCAUCGAGAAGAGGUUUAAGUUCCCCGAGAACUCCCUCGAGCUCUACGCCGAGAAGGUCCAGUACCGAGGUCUCUCUGCCACCGCCCAGGCCGAGUCUUUGAGGUACAAGCUCCUCGGUGGUCUUGCCAUGCGACGAGCCUGUUACGGUGUCCUCCGAUUCGUCAUGGAGUCUGGUGCUAAGGGUUGUGAGGUUGUCGUUUCCGGCAAGCUCCGUGCCGCCCGUGCCAAGUCUAUGAAGUUCACUGAGGGCUUCAUGGUUCACUCUGGUCAGCCCGCCCGUGACUUCAUCGACUACGCCGUCCGACACGUUCUCCUCCGACAGGGUGUGCUUGGUAUCAAGGUUAAGAUCAUGAAGCCUUCCGACCCCCAGGGCCGACAAGGACCCGCCAAGAACCUCCCCGACGACGUCCAGAUCACCGAGCCCAAGUCCGAGGGCGCCAUCGAGAUCCGAUCCGACCACAAGAACCCCCCCGUCCAGGCUAUCCCCGCCCCCGCCGCUGCUGCCCCCGAGGCUCAGGAGGCUGCUGCCGCUUACUAGGAUGGUUUCUUCUCUUGACUAGGUUGAGGAUGCAUGGAGAUUAAUGACAACCCCCACUUCUUGCGAGAAGGCCGUGCGGAUGUGCAGUUCAUGACAGGUGUUCAGGAAGGAUGAGGGACGUGACUCGUGAUUGUGUAUACUGACAAUGACAUUCAGUCUGUACGUGAUUUUCCUUCUCUUUUUCUUCACCACUCCCCAUCCUCUACCGAAAGGCUCUAUCUGCUCGUAUCAGCAUCUCCACCGCUGUUUGCGUUUCCUGAACGGGCCUAGAUUAAACACCACAUCUUUUCUUUUCUCAUCAAUAUUAUCUUCUCUGUUCUUGCUCAAACGGACAGAGGAGAGAGGAAAGGCUAGAUGACAUUCUUAUCAUCGAUAAUUAUGUUUGUGGGAUCCGACGGCAGGAGAAAGCUACCACGAAGAGGUGCAAAAGAGGUGCGAGGCUGCUAUGUAAUCAAGCUCGCUGUAAAUGCAUCAUCUUUCCAAUCAUAA